AUGGCCGCUAACGGAGAGGACCCCCACCUGGGCUCAGGCCCUGAUGAUGAUGAUGAUGACUCCGCUUCACCAGGAAGGGACGGUGACUCUGACAGCAUCCUCUCAGACGACUCGGUGCUUCCACCCUACACACGGGAGACACCGAACCGGGGCGAAGCAUCGUCUCUGUAUCAGGCAUGUGCCUGCAACAACCGCAGCUCUCUGAGGAGAGCGCUGCAGAGGGGGGUCACGAAAGACGAGGUGAUGGAGCUGGACAACAACGGCAAGAACGGCCUGAUGGUGGCGUGCUCCUAUGGUUUCAUAGAUAUGGUUCAUGAACUUCACAACUGUCCCUUUCUGGACAUAAAUCAUCAGGACAGUGAAGGCAACACAGCGCUGAUGAUCGCAUCUCAAGCAGGUCACAUCAGCACGGUGAUGUAUCUCCUGAACUACUACCCCGGCAUAGACAUGGAAAUGAAGGACUGUCGAGGGUUCACAGCUCUCAUCAAAGCCGCCAUGACCGGCCGCUGUGACGUUGUAGCAGCUCUCGUUAUGGCUGGGGCGGACCGAGAUGCAGUAGACGCUGCUCGUGGAGCAUGCGCCCAAGACUGGGCAUUAAAAACAGGCCGUUUUGAGGUCAUCCAGCGUCUCCGCCGCCUCGCGAUGCGUCCGAAAGCUGGACAGUUCUGUGAAAGUUACGUUCCUGAGUGGCCUGAGCUCAAGGACAGGGUGGCCAAAGCCACAGCGCAGAAGAGUCCAGCAGAAAAAUUCACACUGCGAAUCAAAAGCACAUUUGGGUUCAGCUUUCCGCAGGAUCCCCAGGACAACGGGGUCAUGGACCACAUGGUGCGCAUGACCACCAGCAUCCACAGUCCUCUGGUUUCUACCGGAUGUCGCCCACUCUGCCCCACCAGCCCACCAGAAAUGGGGAAGAGGCGAGUUACUGUGCAAGAGCUGAUGAAGAAACACCCUCAGAAGGAGCUAGAAGUAAACUCGGCGUGCCACAGCAAUGGCUGCCUGAAAAACGUCACCCCUCCAGUCCGCUCUGCUGAGACGGUCGCUGCGUUGUGCUGCCCUGACACCGAUCGCAGAGGGAGCAUUCUCUCCUUGACCUCUGCAUUAUUUCCUCGCAGUAUAGCAAGACGAAACAGUGUCUUCCCCGCUGGAUCUAUCCCGGACAUCAAUGUGGACAGGCCUUCAGAUGCAACGCCAAAGAAAGAAAAGAAAAGAAAGAACAAAGGAAAGGGCAAACUGGAACCCCCCAAGUGGAUAUACAAGGAGCAACAAGAAGAGAAAAAGAAGUGCCUGUGA